AUGGCUCAGAAUGCAAAUGUAUUGUGGAUUCAGCUUGAGAAUAAGAACAGAGCCAACAAAUAUCCUAUUUCUGAUGGGGAUAAUCGUAAUUUGGAUGACCUUGCGACAGAGUUCUGUAAAAAGGGACGACUCCAAACUCUCAAGAUUGACCCAGAAGAUCUUGAGUUUUUUGGUGAUUACGACAAAAGUCAUUAUGACAACAGCAAUAGCAGUGACGGACCUCUUAGCAGUGACAUUAAACUUCAACAUCUGAAGACAACUGCUAAAGCUCCUCUGAUCGUCAGAUAUCUCCUGUCGGAUAUGUCUAUUAUUGUUAACGUCAAACUGGCGAAUGCCCAACAAAAAAUUCGCAUUAGCCAUAGUACUGGGGCUUGGAAGGACCUUCUUGAUGAGACGGAACAGCGCUACACCACACUUCAAUUGGACAACACUAAUUUCUACUUUGUUGACCAGGCCACGAAGAAAGAGACUAUCAAUAAUGCAUUUGUCUUUUUCGAAAUCGUAAAAGAAACCAAACCUAACAACGAAGACGAAAUCGUUCUCGAUCUCAUUGUCAGGAUUGAAGGCAAGAAGGCAUAUGGGGAGUGGUCGAUUAAGGAUGUUCUCCACGAGCUCUUGCAGGAUCAACACAAAUCUAUAAAUGCUAUACCUGAACUUGACAUUGAUGCUACUUUUGGACUAUACAAGGUCGAUCAGGAGCAGGAAAAGUUUCUCAAAGAAAACCUCAGGAAAAUCACUAAGGCAUUUCGUUAUGUCAUAAGCAACAACAAGGCUACUGCCCGAAACUAUAUCAACCCAAUUAUAAUUGAGGCAGUCUCAGCAGUUCAAAAAAGUCAUGCUUCGGAGCUGGCUGUUGUAGUUACCGAGGCAAAAAUGAUUGAUGUUCAAAAUGGAAUCGCCCAAAAUAUAGCCCAAUUACAUACAGCUGUAGAGGAAAGUAAGAAGAGAAAGCGCAGUGAUGGCACCCCGAUGUGCAAAGCGAUGUGCGGGAUAGUUACUACAGCCAAUGAAUGGCGUUUUCUUAGUUGGGAUAUGAGGAGCUUGACGCCGACAGUAUUGCUGUCAAAACCCUACAACUGUUCGUUCAAUAAUAACGUAGGCGUUUCGGAGGUCUUGUCAGUAAUUAUCCGGAUUCUUCAGUCGCAAGCAGAUGACAUCGCAGGCCAAUCUGUAGAAGAGGGAGCAGAAACUGAAGAGAGAGCAAGUCAACAUCGCCGCCUAGAGGAUGAAGCAGAAACUGAAGAGAGAGCAAGUCAACAUCGCCACCUAGAGGAUGAAGCAGAAACUGAAGAGUAG